AUGGCAACUGUACAGUCUCCUCCUGAAAUAAGCCUUUCGGCUACGAUGCCCGUGAAGCAAGAGACUGAGAUAGAUAUAGUGGCGUUAACAAUGGCCGCUCUGCGUUUUGUUAGCCCUUGGUCCGUAGAAAAACCAAAGCAAUGGUCACGUAUAGAACCGGGGACUACUGAAGCUAAAGAUCGCAUCAUUUCCCUUGCAGAAGUAUCUCUACAUGACACACAAGACGACUGCUGGGUCGUGAUUUACGACCGCGUGUACGAUAUCACCACGUUCCUUGACGAACAUCCUGGUGGUGACGAGAUCAUGUUGGAAUACGCAGGGCGCGACGCGAGCACCGCUUUCAGAAGUUCUGGUCACUCAAAUAUGGCGACGAAAGCUUUAGACCGUUUCCUUGUGGGAGAAUUGCCCAUGCAAGAACGUAUGUAUCGUCGGCCAGGAGGCAUUCGUCUAAGCGAUAUACCUGAA